AUGAGUGUCGAUACACUGUGCAAGAUUUGGGCACUUAAGCUAGUUACCUUUCAAGCGGAUAUUUCUUCUCUGCUCAAGAAGUCCAAGAGGUUGGCAGAGCAACUGAAUAAUACGACUAUCAACAUGGAGAACAGUCAGUCGCUGACACAAGACAAACUUCGGUUGCACGAAUUGAUGGUUCACCUAACUGAAGAGUUGCAGCGGCAUCGCGAUGAAGCCAGUGCAAAGAAGCGUUUGCACGAGUGGCAAAAGUCUCUGGACCGAAUGCGUGCCAAGAUCCGAAAGAUAUCCCACACUCUGGGUGAAGUUGGCCUUGUAGAUAUGGCGGCAAUCGAUAAGCUAUGCGAUACAGAGGAUUACUCACAACCACACUAUGAAGUGCUCAGCCAAGAGUUGCAACGUUGCGAGGCGCUUCGUCAUGACAAUCUUUCGAUACUCAUUGAUCGUGUGUGGUCACAAAUCUAUCUGUGGUUCAACAUGACAUUGCAGCAUUCAAACAUGAAGCAUUGCAAACAGGAUUGCGCGUCUGUCGAGCUAUUAGAGCUGUUGGAGCAGAAGGUAAUUGAUCUUCAGACAUUCUACCACGAUCACAGCGACAUCUUUCAACUGUACGCCAAGCGUGAUGAGUUGUGGACACGCAUGGCUGAGCUGGAUCAUUUAGCUGGUGAGCCAACUCGAUAUCGCAAUCGUGGUGGGCAAUUACUUCGCGAGGAGAAAGAACGUAAUUAUAUUCAGGGCAAAUUGCCCGAGAUUGAGGCCAAACUCGGUGAACUUGUGCGACACUUUGAAGAGUCUGAGGGUCGACAAUUUACGGUAUUCAACGUGGAGAUAAUGCAUAAAAUAACCAUGGAUUGGGAGGAAUAUAAUCAGACUAAAGCGAAUGAAAUACAGCGACGCAAACAAUCCAUGUUUCAGACUACAACGCCAAGACUCAUACGAGGCUCUUCCACCACAUCCAGUCUUGUAUUAAAUGGAAAAACGCCUCAGCGUGCCAAGUCUGGAAAGCUCUCAGCAAGAGGAUUGUCCUCAAAUGGGUCCACAUCAUCCAGUCUUCUGUCGGAUCGAAAGCCGCCACAGCGCAACAAGUGCGUAUAA